AUGGCCACCCACACCCCCAUCACUGCCAAAACAAAGCUGGCUGGGCCCGGCGCCUCCUUGAAAAUCACCCCCUCCAAUUCCCCCGUGCUGCGACCCGGAACGCGAUCUCCCAGCAAAUCAUCGCCGCAUCAGUCCUUGCUGUCCCUCCAAACCGUCAUCGGCACGACCACUACAACCCCCAAUGGCUUCUCUAGCCACGAUCAGAGCAAAAGCUUUGCGCUGUGCGCCGGGUCGGCAGCGGUGCUCGCGGAGCUUGAUGACGACGCCAACAUCAAUCAGCGGUUCUUCCGCGCCCGUCCUUCCGCGACGAGUGUGAACCCGACCACUUCUUUCUACAACACGUCGUCUACUCCCCCCACCACGCCAGACGCCAGAUCGCGAUCUCUAUCCCACAUUCGGUCCAAUCCCCAUCUGAAUGCCCACAAUGCGUCUCCGUCCAGUGAGGUCGGCGAUAGUGGGAGCCCUCGGGCGUGGUCUUCACGGGAACGAGUAAAAGCAGUUACGAGUGUGUCCAUCAGUCCGAAUGGUCGAUUCCUUGCGGUAGGAGAGACGGGCUACAACCCUCGUGUUUUGAUCUUUUCAACGGCACGCGAUGCCUUGCAAGAUGUUCCUCUGUCAAUUCUGAGUGAACACACAUUUGGUGUUCGAAGCUUGGCCUUCAGCCCCGACUCGCAGUACUUGGCAACCCUCGGCAAUCCCAACGACGGUUUCCUUUUCAUCUGGGCCAUCAACCUCAAAAACGGGUCGGCUCGGUUGCACUCGGUGAACAAAUGUACAUCGUUCGUUCGCGAUAUGUGCUGGGUUGGCCAGAGCUUGAUCACCACCGGUGUGCGGCAUGUCAAAGUCUGGAGGCUCCCGGUCGUUCGGCCUAUGUCUCCGACAAAAUCUCGUUUGAAUGUGGACGGAAGUGCCCCAUCUCCAAACCCAGCGCCAAAGGCCCUGACGGGAAGAAAUUGCGUGCUAGGCCCUUUGAGUGACCAUACAUUCACCUGCGUGCGCAGUAUUUCGGACCAGGAGGCCGUGGUUGGCACCGACUCGGGUGCCGUGUGUUUUCUUGAUGACCGGGAGGGAACUCAGAAGUUGUUGCUCGUCAAACAAAUGGGUUUCGGCGUUACCUCCUUGACCAUCGAUUUCGAUCAGGAGUCUAUAUGGCUAGCCUUACGAUCCAAUACUGCGCCUGUACCGUCAUCGCCUCUGCGCCCAGAAAAGGGCGCGACAGACAAGCGGAGCAAGGCCCCUGCAAUUACCUGCAUGGGCUCUCUUUCCUCCCAUUUGGUCACUGUUGAAUCCACCCGUGAGGCUCAUCUCUAUCCCAUGAACAUGUUGGCCGACGACGGCGAGCAGGAUUCUAGCGAAACCUCGAUGCUGGCUCAUAGCGACCCAAUUCUCGGCAUUCGCCCUUUGAAAGUACCCAAUGAGUUUUCUGCUCGUUUCUUUACGUGGUCUCGCAGUGGCUCGGUGAAUUUCUGGGAUGGCCAGGGGAAAUGCCAGGAUUCCAAGACGAUCCAGCUCGAGCAACUCUCGGGACAUGAAGACGAUGUCGGGAACGAAUUAAAGGUUCUGCGAGCAACGGAAAAUGUAGAAUGGCUUGUCUCUGGUGAUAAAUUCGGGGUCUUGAGGAUUUUCUCAAGCAAGGAUUGGAGUUGUAUCAGUCAAGCUCGUGCCCAUGGAGGUGAAAUCAUGGAUAUCGCGCUUCAGCCGACUGCCGAGUCUUGUCUCGUGGCCAGCUCUGGCCGCGACCGAAUGGUGCAGCUUUUCCAGAAGUGCGACACAACCUUGCAGCUAAUCCAAACCAUGGAUGAGCAUGUUGGCGCGGUAGGCCAGCUGUUAUUCGUGAAUGAAGGCAAGAAAUUGCUUUCGUGCUCUGCAGACCGGACCGUUCUCAUAAGAGACCGCGCGACACGCGAAGUCGAUGGUGGCACAUCCGUUGCCUACCUCAUCUCCAGGGUCAUCACCCUGAAGGCAUCUCCGGUCUCAAUGACAUUUUGCUCCGAUGAUACGAGCUUAUUGUACCUGUCCACCAUGGACCGUUGUCUUUCCAAAUUUGAUAUCCCAUCAGGGCGCCAGCUCCACUCUUUCCGGGCAUCUGACUCGGAAGCAACCGAUGCAGUGAUCAUGGGCUCUUUGACGGUAGCCUCCGAGAUUCCGGGCCAGAGCCCAAAACUCUUGAUCGGAGUCUCUAGCACCGAUAAAUCUAUUCGGGUGUAUGAUCUCGAACGAGAUCAGCUUCUGACCGGUGAAUUCGGGCAUACAGAAGGCGUGAGCGACGUGCUGCUUUUGGAGGACCGCGACAACCCUGAGAAGUCGCUUACCAAGCGAAGCCUCAUCAGCACUGGCAUGGAUGGCAUUCUCAUGAUAUGGAAUCUGUCGAUCCAGCCGCAGCCAACGCCAGACCCUGCUCAAACCGCACCGGACGAAGAAGGUCCCAUCAAAGAAAUGACUGCAGCUCAGCCUCCCCUGCGCAAGGUUCUCUCUCGCAGCGAGCUGGCCGGCUUCCAGCGGCCAGAUAGCCCCUUUGGAACACCCACUCCUGCGCGCGAGCAUUCUCCGACUCUGGUGAAGAAAAUGUCCAAACUGUCGUUGGUACCCUCUUCACUCAAGCACCAUUCGGUUUGCGAAACCCCAUCGCCUCCCAACCGCCGUUCGCCCACAUCCUGCACUCCGACAGACCAAACUCGCCAGUCACCCUCGCCUGUGAGCCCGAAGACCAAAACUUCGGCCUCAAAAAACCCCCCUAGCGCAAAGAGCAACAACCGACGUACCUCCUUGGACUUCCGCACUCGCUCGAAAACAUCCGCGCGCAGCGAAUUCGGGAGUCUGGACAUGUCCACGGAGCAGGUGUGCCGCACCCUCCGCGCCUACAGGAAAAAGCUCAACGGGUCAACGCAACAGAUCCAAGCGCAGAAAGAGCUUGAACGCGAGCUGAGUCUGACGCUGCGUGUCGUGGGUGCCCGCGCGCAAAGCAGCGAUGAGAGUGCCGAAACCGAAACCGAUAGCAGCAAGGAUCUUGACCGCAAGCCGAGCUGCUCAUCUAUCUCUUCCAAAUCGCCCCAUCUCCCGCGCCAUAUGCCCUCCACUCCGUUGUUGCGCCAUAAAAACCUGCGGCAGGUUUCACGGAGUCGCUCUUAUGAUGCAAAUGGCGAUGAGUGA